GAGCUACCUGCCAGAGAACCCAAUAAAUAGAGAAGAGGAUUGAAUCUUAAAAUUACAAUUUAUCUACAGAGUCAGCAGCCUGAGAAGAGAGCAGAUUAAUUAUUCUAGAGACAUGGAUUCCAUCUCAUUUCUAGCCAGCAGAUUAUAGAGAGAAGGAGAUAGGCUGGAGGCAAAGACAGCCAAUCAUCCUGGAGCUCCGUUUUGCCUCCCUGGUCAGGGCUCAAGGAAGGUGUGCACGCAGGUGUAGCUGUCUCUCCUGGGUGCAAGAUUUGAGACCCAGAAGUCACUCAUGGCUCCUUAUCACAUCCGCCAGUACCAGGACAGUGACCAUAAAAGUGUCCUGGAUGUGUUCACAAGGGGCAUGGAGGAGCACAUCCCCCCCACCUUCCGCCGUGUGCUGACGCUGCCCCGAACCCUCCUGCUCUUACUUGGGGUACCUCUUGCCAUGGUCCUGGUGUCUGGCUCCUGGCUCCUGGCUAUUAUGUGCAUCUUCUUUCUGCUCCUACUCCUGCAGCUCCUUGCCAGACAGCCUUGGAAGAAGUAUGUGGCCAAGUGUUUGCACACAGACAUGGCUGACAUCACCAAGUCCUACCUGAAUGCACGUGGCUCCUGCUUCUGGGUGGCUGAGUCUAGUGGUCAGGUGGUAGGCAUAGUGGGUUGUCUGCCAGUCAAGAAUCCCCCGUUUGGAAGGAAGCAGCUGGAGCUCCUUCACCUGUCUGUGUCUUCACAGCACCGAGGACAGGGGAUAGCGAAAGCACUGGUCAGAACUCUCCUCCAGUUUGCACGGGACCAGGGCUACAGUGAUGUUGUCCUUGACACCAGUACCAUACAGCAAGGUACUGAGGCCCUCUACCUGAGCAUGGGCUUCCGGAGGACAGGCCAGUAUUUCAUGAGUAUAUUCUGGAGGUUAGUGGAUAUCCCUGCAAUUCAACUAAAGUAUUCCCUCCCUUCUGCCUAGGAAGUGGGGCUUGGGACCUAUGCUCCUGUGCAGCAAGCAGGCCUGCUCCUCUCUAGAGGAACUAGUGAACCUUGUCAUGUCAGUGUGAUGAACAAUAAAAGCUCCUUGCUGGUGCA